GCAGGGACGCUGGCUGGGCUCGCUGGCUGGGCUCGUUCUGGAGGCCGUGGUGCGCAGGACAAUGGCAUCUGUCGGCCACAUCUUGGUCUUCUGCGUGGGUCUUCUUGCCAGAGCCAAUGCAGAAGCGCCACAGGAACACGACCCAUUCACCUAUGACUACCAAUCCCUGCGGAUCGGAGGCCUCACCAUCGCCGGAAUCCUCUUCAUCCUGGGCAUCCUCAUCAUUCUCAGCAAGAGAUGCCGAUGCAAGUUCAACCAGCAACAGAGUUUAAAGCACAACCAACAUAGGAGUACCAUGGAGCGAACACCUUCGUGUUAAAACAAUGAUGGAUGUCACUACAAGUCAUAACGAAUGCGUAUUGACUGUUACACCACGUGCCAGACGCUCUUUCCUUGCGUAUUAUUUUAUUUGGCCCUCAUACCACCUCUUCAGGUAGGCGCUGUUACCAGCCCCCAUUGUGCAGAUGAUUAAACAGAGGUGUAGGGAGAUAAAGUCACUUAUUCAAGCUCACCCCCUGGGAGAUAAGGAUUCUGGGGUUUCCAACUCAGAUCACCUCCUGGCAGUCUACCAAGUUCCUCUGACCACCCCUCCCCCGCAACUUCAAGUCCCUUCCCCAGC